AUGAAGCGCGGAAGUCACUCAAGCGCCUCGGUUGAGCACGUCGACCAUGAUCAUGGCCGUGCUCAGCUCAACGUCGCGAACCACAACGGGCAGCAUGGAGUCCCUCGACACAAGCCGCGCCGAGAUGUUCGAAGCAAAGGCGACCAGAACUACGGCAAGUACGAUGCCAAGGUCACUGGCUCGCGAAAGGACAAACUGGAUGCCAAGAGGCCAUUACCAGUUCAGUUCGGCAAUGGAACAUACCCGAUGGAUAAGUCUCGUCCGGGGGUGAUUCAGCACUUUAGAUCCCUCCAGAUCCAAGAUGUCAAGACGCUGGCUCAGAUCAUCAAGAGCAAGCUCAAGCUUGAGAAGAUCCAGGACGACAAGACCAUGAUCAUGGAGCGUACCAUCCAGAUUGUCGCCAAGCUCCCGCAUAAGUCCAAAGCGCGCGACAUCCUGACCAACGUUUUCAUCGAGGAGCUCUGGGGAUCUCUCGAGCAUCCCCCGCUUCUGUAUUUGGAUGACAACGAGCGGAAGUACAAGUAUCGCCAGGCAGAUGGAUCUUGUAAUAACCCGCUGUUCCCCAUGCGAGGUGCCGCCGGCCAGCCCUAUGCGAGGUCCGUGAAGCCACGGGUCGUCACGCUAGGAGCCCUGCCAGACCCGGAGUUGGUUUUCGACUCGGUUAUGGCCCGACGCGAAAAUGGAUAUAAAGAACAUCCCAACCAAGUCUCCAGUAUUCUGUGGUACUGGGCAACCAUCAUCAUUCACGAUCUCUUUUGGACGGAUCGCGACAACUCCAACAUAUCAAACACCUCAGCGUACCUUGACCUCUCUCCGUUGUAUGGAAGCAACCAGAAGAUGCAACGCUCAGUUCGUACCCUCAGGGACGGCAAGCUGAAGCCCGACGCUUUCGCCGACGGAAGGCUCAACGUCAUGCCACCUGGGGUUUGCGUUCUCUUGAUCAUGUUCAACCGCUUUCACAACCAUGUGGCGGAGAACCUAGCGGCCAUCAAUGAGGGCAACAGGUUUCCCCGUCCAUCUCCAGGUGAUGAGAAGGCCGUGGAGCACUACGACGAAGAGCUCUUCCAAACUGCAAGACUGGUCACCUGCGGCCUGUACAUCAACAUCACUCUGGUCGAUUACGUCCGAAACAUUGUCAAUCUCAACCGAACCAACAGCACUUGGACGCUCGACCCGAGGCAAGAAGCUGGCAAGAGUGCGGGAACCCCAGAUGGUGCGGAAAUCGGAACGGGCAAUGUCAACUCGGCCGAGUUCAAUCUCUGUUACCGCUGGCACUCUUGCAUAUCUGACAACGACGAUAAGUGGAUUCAAAAGGCUUACGAUAAGAAGCUGGAGACAGUUGUAUCGACAGAAGCGUGGGACGAGGAAGCCAAGAAGAUGAUGGAAAAAAUGAAGAAAGAUCCUGGACUUCGCUGUUUCGGCAACCUCACAAGAGAUAAGACGACUAACAAAUUCAAUGACGAUGAACUCGUCGAUUGCAUCAAAAAAGCCAUCAAGGAUUGCGCAGGUUCUUUCGGAGCGCGAAACGUUCCCAUGUCCAUGAGGAACGUCGAGGUGGCUGGUAUCAAGCAAGCGCGGGAAUGGAACGUUGCCGGCCUCAACGAGUUCCGCAAACACUUCGGCCUCAAGCCGUACGAUACGUUCGAGGAGAUCAACCCGGACACCGACGUGGCGGAGAGUCUGAGGCAUCUUUACCAGCACCCCGAUAAUGUCGAACUCUACCCUGGUCUUGUGUGUGAAUCUGCCAAGCAGCCAAUGUCUCCCGGUGUCGGAAUUGCACCAACGUACACCAUCUCCCGCGUCGUCCUAUCUGACGCUGUGUGUCUUGUCCGUGGGGACAGAUAUUACACGAUCGAUUACACCCCUCGCCAUCUCACCAACUGGGGCUUCAAGGAAGUAGAGUACGACUUGAACGUCAACCACGGCUGUGUCUUCUACAAGCUGUUCCUCAACGCAUUCCCCAAUCACUUCAAGAGCGACUCGGUCUACGCUCACUACCCUAUGGUCACCCCUCCUGAGAAUGUCAAGAUUUUGGAGGAACUUGGAAGAUACGAACUGUUCAGCGACGAAGAACCAGAGCCCGGACAGGGAGUGAGGCAGCGUCAAAUGUCAACCAGUCCCGGCCCGUACAGUGUUACUUGGAACCACGGGCUUGAGCACCUCAUCGGCAACAAGUGGACGUUGGGCGAGGAUCCCAUGCAGAUGGAACAUCAAUGCAUCGGACACCAAUCCCAAUGGGAGGCGGCUGUGAAGGACUUCUACUUCAAGGUGACGACGAAGCUUUUGCGCGAGAAGUCGUACACGCUGGGUGUUACGGGCAGGAAGCAGACGCAGGUGGACAUCAUCCGCGACGUCGGCAAUUUGGCGCAUGUCCACUUCGUGUCCCAAGUCUUCAACCUCCCCCUGAAGAUAGAGGGCAAUCCGAAGGGUAUCUACACCGAGCACGAGCUGUACCAGGCCCUGGCUUGUAUCCACAACUGCGUCUUCCUCAACAACGACGCGGUCAAGGCGUGGCCUCUUAGACAGGAGGCGAGGAAGGCCAUGACACAACUGAGCAGAGCUGUCGAAAAGAGCGUCUCGUCUGCGACCGGCUUCCGUAUUUUCGGUGGCGGUUCCGGCGUCGAGAGCGUCCCGUCAAACGUGUCGGCCUACGGAGCCAGCAUGAUGAAGGAGCUCGCCAGGGACGGUUCAAGUGCUAGUGAGAUCACUUGGAACCACGUCCUUCCUACAAUCGUGUCGUUGGUGCCGGGCCAAGCCAAAGUGUUCGCUGAAGCGGUCAACGCUUGCCUCGAUGAUCCGAAUCUUGUGUACGAGAUUCACAGGGUGGCCAGGUCUGGGCAGGGCGAUGACCGGUUGCUGAGUCUCGCGAUGCAGUGCAUUCACUCCUCGGGCGUGGCCACCGCAGACGACGGUCUAGGAGCUCAUGCAUGCCUCACCGCCGGUGUGAGCAGAGCCGCCAUGGUCGGGAUGUUCAGGGCGCUAUUUCAACUGGAUGCUGUGGAACGACCGUUGGCGCCCAUGAACUGGGAGGUGGAGGGUGCGGAAGAACGCGCUGUUCAGCCUCAGGGCAUUUUGAAGAAGGUGAAGAAGAAGAACGGUCACUACGAAUACCUGACGGAGGAUUGGGGACAGACUGGACCUUUCCCCAUGACCAUGAAGAUCAGAUGGAGGCCUUUCGAGGAACGGAGCGACGAUUAG